AUGAAUCAGAAAAUAACUCCAGAUAAAUUCAUUGGUUCAAAUUUUCAUAUAAAAUUAAUAGAUGAUAGAAUUUUAGAAGGAAUAUUAACAGUUAUUGAUCCAUUUGGAAAUUUAUUAAUUUCAAAUUGUUAUGAAACAAGUAUUGAUAAAUUUAAUUCCAAGAAUUUACAUAUUAGAGAAAUUGGAUUAGUUAGUGUUCCAAAAGAAACUAUUGUUAAUAUUAAAAUAGAUAAAAAGACUUAUAAAAAUAUAUUUGGUUAG